AUGCAAGUCCACCUCGAACAAGCCGCCCCCUCCCGCCCCGACCGCCGAGACAGCGACACCACAUGCAGCGUGUACACGCUGGCCCCCAAAACCCUCCUCCUCCUCCUCCUCCACGAAGACCGCGCCCGCCAACCAAACACCCUAGGCCUCCGCUGGCUUCUAGGCCGCCUCGUCCGAGGCAGAAGCUACCAAGGCCUCUGGCGCUUCACCAUGCGCCUCCGCGACCCUUGUGGAGGCGACAGGACGACCGACGUGGACUUUGAAUGGCGACACAGCCGCGGUCUGACCGUCCGGACUCUGAGGCGCUCCGAUGGGUGGAUGCUCUGGCGCAAACGCACCCCCGACGAAGCUCGGCUUCUGCCGCAGCCGUACCGCGCGCGACGCGCUCACGCCAACGGCGAAGAGGAGCUCGUCGCCAUGCUCUCCAUUGACCCUUCGCGCCCGCACCUCGGCAUAGGCUUCCAAUUCCUCAACGCAGCCGCCGGCGCCGGCGCAGAGAACCAUGAGGCCCAGCCACCGCCGUUCUUGGACGACGACUUUGCGCUUGUGGCCGUCAUGUCCGGCAUCGGCAUCAUCAUGGGCUCACACGCCACGCUAGGCGGCGCCAUGUCAGCAGAGGAAAUCCAAGCCGCGCAGAGACCUCACCUCAAGCGCGCCGCGUUUGCCGAGAGGCACGCACGCGAGGCCAAAGAGUGGCUCGCGACGCUGGAUCUGCUCGACGACGGUGACCGCGACGACGAGCCACCGAGUCUGCGGAGGGCGGAAAGGGGUGCCUCGUGGGGAGAUCUCCACGGGUCCAGGGCGCGAGGUCCACGGGAGAGGGGAGCAGGCGAUGUGGCGGCCAAGGUGUCAUCCGCAGAUCGUCGACGACGGAGCCUGUCUGCGCCCGAGAUUUCGUCACGGCGGAGAUCUAGCAGGCAGACGCCACGGCCCGAGUCGAAGCCGAGGCAGAUAUGGGAGAAAAGGCCGGCCGUGUAUAUGCCGACAUUGCGCGAGAGGACCGCGAACACAUCUGCGUCGGGGCCGACGAGACGGACGGCGCCGCUGAGGUCUCUGCAGAGGAGUUCAUAUGGCGAUCGGGAUCCCACGAGCCGGGCCGCUAUUUUGUCUCAGGGGGGAUCGAUAAUUGAAUGA